CCCCCCCCCCUGCCGUCUUCGCUUGGUUUAAAACAAGACGGCGAUCACACUGCGGGAUGUUGCUGCUGCCGGAGCCGCAAUGUUGAAUGUUGGUUCGCGUUUGAAGAGGACAUCCUCGAUGGGAAGGUGAUUUACCCGGCGCCGCGAUACCAUCACUGGUCUUCAGUUGCUUCGGGACAAGCUGUCGGAAUAUAUAUUUAUAUACAUAUAUAUUGUCGCCAGUAAGUAAAAACUUUCUGUGCAUCUACCCGGAAACCGAGCAGUAAUGAGUUAAACAUCGGGGCAUGGUUGCAAUCCCGAGAGGGACUUUUAUUGGUAAAUGCAGAUUCCUCUCUGUGGCACGAUGCCAGUUCCCACUUGCUCUCUGCACUAUGUUCAAUUAUUCACCGCUUCAGAUGCGAGUUCCUUGUGUCAGAAAUGCCUCUCUCCAGCCAACGACUCUCCCACUUCUGCUGUGAAUCCUGAGCUCCUCUGGCACACUCGCUGACCAGUUUGCAGAGUCUAGCCAUGUGGUUAAGCUGCCUCCUGGAGUUGCACCUGACCAGCGGAUACAACCGCAUAUUUUCCUGCCUCAGUGUUUUGAUUCUCCUGACUCUGUGUGGCCGCCAUCCUGUCAACGUGUCUGCUCUCAAUUGUCACUCCGAGUGCAUCUGUGCCAGUAACAUCGUCAGCUGCUCUAAAAGGGAACUGGUCAACGUCCCUCACUCUCUCCCCAAAUACACAGCUGUCCUAGACCUCAGUUACAACAGCCUGACCCGCCUGAGAGCUGGAUGGACCACAGUACACCUUGACAGGCUCCAUACUCUGCUCCUCAGCCACAAUGGCCUGACAUUCACAUCUGAGGAAGCUUUCACCGAGGUACCGUGUCUGAAAUACCUUGACCUGUCCUCCAACAAGCUGAAGACUCUCGAAGAAUUUCACUUCCAGGGACUGGUAAAGCUGAAGGUCCUCCUGCUCUACAAUAAUCAGAUAUCUCAGAUCGACAGGACUGCCUUUGAAGGCCUGGACAGCCUUCAGAAGUUGUACCUGAGUCAGAAUCUGAUCACUCGAUUUCCACAGGAGUUAGUGGAGGAGAAUACCAGGCCACCAGGUCUUGUACUGUUAGAUGUGUCCAGUAAUAGGAUAAAGUCUCUUCCUGUCCACGAGUUCAAAGUGCUACCUGCAUCGGUCAAAAACGGACUGUACCUGCACAAUAAUCCCUUGAUCUGUGAUUGUAGUUUGUACGAGAUGGUCAUCCAGUGGCAUUCCCGCAGUUUCAAUUCUGCUGUGGAUUUCAGAAAUGAAUAUAAGUGCAUCCUUCCACUGAACCACAAGGUGUCGAUCAGGCUCUUCGACCUGCAAGAGGAGUACAUGAACUGCAGCACUAUUAUUGACUCGGUGCUGCUUGCCUACUUGGAGGGGACGCUGACGAUUCUUUGCGACACCAGACUGAUGGACAUGGUAAAAGUGUGGGUGACACCGGACAACGAGACCAUACAGGUCGGCCACAACAACCAAAGCAUCAAGAUGUUUCCCAAUGGCAAUCUGCAGCUUAGCAAUCUGCAGCCGGAAAACUCCGGGACUUACACUUGCCUGGCCAGCGGUACCCAGUUCAACGAGACCAUACACGUGCAGCUGAAGGUACGCAACAUCACGUCCAGUUUGGGGCAGGAUUCGCUGAACACAGCGUACACCACGUUGGUUGGAUGCAUUGCCAGCGUAGUGUUGGUCCUCAUCUACCUGUACCUCACCCCGUGUCGUUGCAGGUGCGGGAGAAACGCUGACAAGCAGCGGGACCAGCAGGAGGAAAGCAUCCAUUCAUCCAUGCUGAGCGCUAGUUCCAUCCACGACAUCUCUGUGGAUAAAGCCACCAUGGACCGACGCGUGGCGUUCAGCGAGCCGCCCAAGGAUGGGCAGGGGCAGAAUGGGAAACACAAGCCAAACGCCGUGGAAGAAUUUGAGGACAGGAGACUCCUAGCGGUGCCCAGAAAGAAAUCUGACUGCGGCUCUGUGGGCUCUGUGUCUUCCGACUCUCCCAUUGUCGUCUGAGGCAAUGGAUGAGAGCCAUGGUCCGCGCAGCAUGCACGGGCUGCAGGGUGAGUGGUGCUGAUGUGUAGCAUCCUAACCCCAGACUUCAUCAGCAAUCAACGGGCCACCCAUGCAACUCUCGAUUCAGCGAAAACAAUCUGCAGUAACAACGCCAAGCCUCAACAGGAGAAAGCAGACUGAAGGAACACAAUGGUAUCUUAAGUGUCCAAGAUAUUCUCUAUUUCUUUUUAGACUCCUGGUGACUAACCAUGUAUAGGCUUUGCUGCUUCCUAAGCUGUGGUCGAGCCCAACCAACCUGCUCCAGCAGAGACUGGAUUGUCUGAAUCGAGCGGCUGACAUGACUAACCCAGCUGAGCCAGGAGGGCACUUCCACAGGUGAUGCAUGGAAUUCUAAAGAAAUGUUGGUGAAAACGGUCAGAAUAACAAAAAAAAAACCCAUGUAUUUGGCCCAAUGUGUGGAGCAUAAGGGAAAGAAUGAAAUGCAAACCUAGAAAUCUCGUCUGGUAUAGUGGUGGAGGAGUGUGCAUCAGUAAAUGCAAACUGACAACAAGGGUGGAGUGUCCCAAACCAAUGGCCAGUUAAUACACCAGAGAAUCACCAUUCACUCUUGCCAGAGGCAGUUCAUAAUGUGUAGGAAGGAACUGCAGAGGCUGGUUUACCCUGACGCAAGAUUGAUGAAGGUACACCUAGACGCAAAGUGCUGGAGUAACUCAGCAGGACUGGAGAGUCUCUGGAGAGAAGGAAUGGGUGAUGUGAUGGGUUUGCAGCAUGCACCUGGGAACAAGCUUAUCCUGGGCUCAUUGUACCAAUGAUUGCCCUAAAGCAAUGGAUGGCAGGCCUGACGUGUCACACUGUGCGUUCAACAUUCUCCCCCAUCUGGUUAAUCCUAAACUGAUGCAGCAAUGAAUAUUGGACAGAAUUGAAUUCAAAAUGAUACACCUCAAAACGCUUUCAAAA